CUUUCAUCGCCUCAACACCGCUACCUCUCCCAUCGCCCCAUCCCUCCCCGCCCAUCGCCUUCUUGUUCCCCAUCUCGUUUCUCGAGCUGGAGACAUCGCCCGGAUUAUCCUGACGCCUUUUUCUACGCCCUUUCCCCGUUUUCGAGUUUCGCGACGUCGGAGAACAAGGUCGCAGGCGCCCUCGUGGCAAGGGCGGCCAGAGGCCUCAGCCGGCCAGCUGCUUCGAAAUCUUUUCAACGUCGAUUCCUCUGACGCUUGAGAGCGAGAAUUAUCGACAACUCGUGGAUUCGCAUCUUCCCGAUCGUUGAGAACCCCCCCGUGCUCCGUCUGCUUUUUUGUGACCCGUCUUAUCCUGUUCCCCUUGUCUAAGUAUCCGCGUCUCGGUGACGACAACGACUGCCCACCAUGACGAAUGUUUACUUUCCCUACUCCAAGGCGCCUUUGCGCACCGUCAAGGAGAUUCAGUUCGGUCUUUUCUCUCCGGAGGAGAUCAAGCGGAUGAGCGUGGUCCAUGUGGAAUAUCCUGAGACAAUGGACGACCAGAGACAGCGCCCGCGGACCAAGGGUCUAAAUGAUCCUCGUAUGGGAACGAUCGACCGACAAUGGAACUGCGAGACUUGCGAGGAAGGCCAGAAAGAGUGUCCUGGUCAUUUUGGACAUAUCGAACUGGCCACUCCGGUCUUUCAUAUCGGCUUCUUGACAAAAAUCAAGAAAUUACUCGAGACUGUCUGCCACAAUUGUGGAAAGAUUAAAGCUGAUUCGUCCGAUUCCAAAUUUCUCGAAGCUUUGCGAAUGAGGGAUCCGAAGAGACGAUUCGACCACAUCUGGCGCAUGUCGAAAGAUAUCCUGGUUUGCGAGGCAGACCCCCCUCCGGAAGAUGACGACCCGUUCUCGAAAGAAAGCUCGAAGCCGCAGCGGUUCCACGGUGGAUGCGGCAACGCCCAACCUACGAUCCGCAAAGAAGGAAUCACCCUGGUCGGCACGUGGAAGCCGAGCAAGAGCAUGAUGGACGAGAUGGAUAUGCAGCAGCCGGAGAAGAAGACAAUCACCCCCCAGGUCGCGCUCAAUGUGUUCCGGAACAUAUCUUAUGAGGAGGUGCGCAUCUUGGGUUUGAGCAAUGACUAUGCGCGUCCGGAGUGGAUGGUGGUCACGGUCCUGCCGGUGCCGCCCCCCCCGGUUCGUCCUAGUGUGCUCGUGGGUGGUAGCACCAGCGGCCAGCGCGGUGAGGAUGAUUUGACUUACAAGUUGGCUGAAAUCGUGCGAGCAAACCAGAAUGUCCAGCGCUGCGAACAGGAGGGUGCCCCGGAGCACGUUGUUCGCGAAUUCGAAUCCUUGCUGCAAUACCAUGUCGCCACUUACAUGGAUAACGACAUCGCCGGCCAGCCCAAGGCUAUGCAAAAGUCUAACCGUCCCGUCAAGGCUAUCCGCAGCCGUCUCAAGGGUAAGGAGGGUCGUCUGAGACAAAACUUGAUGGGUAAGCGUGUGGAUUUCUCUGCGCGUACCGUCAUUACGGGUGAUCCAAAUCUGUCCCUCGACGAGGUCGGAGUACCCAAGAGUAUCGCCAGGACCCUGACCUACCCCGAAGUCGUCACGCCCUACAACAUCGAAAAACUCCAGAACCUCGUCAUGAAUGGUCCGAAUGAACAUCCAGGCGCGCGGUAUAUUGUCCGGGACAAUGGCGAGCGCAUUGACUUGCGCCACGCUCGACGGGCUGGUGGUCAGCAGCUGUUGUAUGGAUGGAAAGUGGAGCGGCAUGUCAUGGAUGGUGAUGUGAUUUUGUUCAAUCGUCAGCCGUCCCUGCAUAAGGAAUCCAUGAUGGGUCACCGUGUUCGUGUAAUGCCAUACUCGACGUUCCGACUCAACUUGUCGGUCACGACACCUUACAACGCCGAUUUCGAUGGUGAUGAGAUGAACUUGCACGUCCCCCAGAGCGAAGAGUCGCGCGCUGAGCUGAGUGAGCUUGCAUUGGUACCCAUGAACAUCGUUUCCCCUCAGCGAAAUGGUCCCCUCAUGGGUAUCGUGCAGGAUACUCUCUGCGGUAUCUACAAGAUUUGCCGACGUGAUGUGUUCCUCACCAAGGACCAGGUCAUGAACCUGAUGCUGUGGGUCCCUGAUUGGGACGGGGUAAUCCCGCCUCCGGCAAUCUUGAAACCUCGGCCCAGAUGGACCGGCAAGCAGGUGAUCAGCAUGGCUUUCCCAUCCGGUCUCAACCUCUUGCGCGUCGACAAGGAUAAUUCCACACUGUCGGAGAAGUUUUCCCCGCUGUCCGAUGGCGGCGUUCUUAUUCAUGGUGGUCAGCUGAUGUAUGGUAUGCUGUCGAAGAAGACUGUGGGUGCUACCGGUGGUGGUGUCAUCCACACCAUCUUCAACGAAUACGGUCCCAGGACUGCUGUGGCUUUCUUCAACGGUGCCCAGACCAUUGUGAACUAUUGGCUGCUCCACAACGGGUUUAGCAUUGGUAUUGGUGACACCAUUCCCGAUGCGCUCACGAUCCAGAGGAUUGAGAACUGUGUGCGCAACAGGAAGAAUGAAGUUGAAGAGAUCACCGCGAGCGCGACCGAGAACCAGCUUGAGGCGCUGCCGGGUAUGAACGUGCGUGAGACGUUUGAAAGCAAGGUUUCCCGCGCUUUGAAUAACGCCCGUGACGAAGCCGGUAGCGAGACGGAGAAGAGUUUGAAGGAUCUGAACAAUGCCAUCCAAAUGGCCCGCUCAGGAUCCAAGGGUUCUACGAUUAACAUUUCCCAGAUGACUGCGGUCGUCGGCCAGCAGUCCGUCGAAGGGAAGCGUAUUCCGUUCGGAUUUCAGUAUCGUACUCUGCCGCACUUCACCAAGGAUGACUACUCGCCCGAGUCUCGAGGAUUCGUCGAAAACUCUUAUCUACGUGGCCUGACCCCGACCGAGUUCUUCUUCCACGCCAUGGCUGGUCGUGAGGGUUUGAUCGAUACUGCCGUCAAGACUGCCGAAACCGGUUACAUCCAGCGAAAGCUCGUGAAGGCUCUGGAGGAGGUCAUGGUCAAAUAUGACGGCACGGUCCGUAACUCGCUGGGCGAUAUCAUCCAGUUCAUCUACGGUGAAGACGGUCUGGACGGUGCGCACAUUGAAAACCAGCGGGUUGAUAUCAUCCGGUGCUCCGAUGACAAGUUCCGGGACAGGUUCCGUGUUGAUCUCAUGGAUCCGGAACGGAGUCUCGGCCCCGAGGUCCUUGAACAAGCCAACGAGAUUGCGGGUGACGUCGAGGUUCAGAGACACUUGGAUGACGAGUGGGAGCAGCUUCUCAAGGACCGCGCUUUCCUCCGCUCAGUUGCUAAGGAGGACGAAGAGAUGAUGCAGUUGCCCAUCAACGUGCAGCGCAUUCUUGAAACCGCCCGGACGACAUUCCGCAUUCGUGAGGGAACUAUUAGCGACCUGCACCCAGCCGAAGUCGUUCCACAGGUCCGAUCUCUGCUUGACCGGCUGAUGGUCGUACGUGGCGACGACGAUAUCUCCCAGGAGGCUCAGACGAACGCGACUUUGCUCUUCAAGGCACAGCUUCGCAGUCGACUUGCCUUCCGCCGGCUCGUGACUGAGUACUCGAUGAACAAAUUGGCAUUCAACCACGUGAUUGGUGCUAUUGAAAUGAGAUUCGCCAAGGCCGGCGCGAGCCCUGGUGAGAUGGUUGGUGUUCUGGCUGCCCAGUCCAUUGGUGAGCCGGCCACGCAGAUGACCUUGAAUACGUUCCAUUUCGCUGGUGUCUCGUCCAAGAACGUGACACUCGGUGUGCCUCGUCUGAAGGAAAUUCUGAAUGUCGCCACCAACAUCAAGACCCCGUCCAUGACCGUUUACCAAGAGCCGCACCGUUCUUACGACAAGGAAGGUGCGAAGCAGCUGCGUAGUGCGGUUGAGCACACUAGCUUGCGCUCUGUGACGGAGACAACCGAGAUCUAUUAUGAUCCCGAUAUCCAGAGCACGGUCAUUGAGAACGAUCGGGACAUGGUGGAGUCUUACUUUAUCAUCCCCGAAGAUGUUCAGGAUGACUCGUCUCGUCAAUCGAAGUGGCUGCUUCGUAUCGUUCUUAGCCGACCUAAACUCCUGGAUAAGGGCCUUACUGUGCAGGAUGUGGCUACCAGGGUCAAACAAGCGUACCCCCGGGACAUCGCUGUUAUCUUCAGUGAUAACAACGCCGACGAACAAGUCAUCCGUAUCCGUCAAAUCCAAGAUUCCAAGGAGGAGGAGGAAGACGAUGACAUCGAAUACGACGUUACCCUCAAGAAGCUGGAGCAGCAUCUUCUGGACACUUUGACCCUCCGCGGUGUCAGUGGUGUUGAGAGAGCUUUCAUCAACGAAAAGAACAAGGUCCGUGUCCUUGAGGACGGCUCACUGCAUGUCAGCAAGACCGAUCCCCUGUGCAAAGAAUGGGUCCUGGAAACCAGUGGGUCCUCCCUUGGCGAGGUCCUGGCAAUCCCGGGUGUCGAUGCCAGUCGCACGUAUUCGAACCAGUUUAUCGAAGUGUUCGAGGUAUUCGGUAUCGAAGCGGCUCGUACUGCUGUGCUCCGUGAAUUGACCCAAGUGCUUGCCUUCGAUGGUUCGUAUGUCAACCACCGUCAUCUGGCCCUGCUGGUUGACGUGAUGACUGUGCGAGGAUACUUGACCCCCGUCACUCGCCACGGUAUCAACCGUGCCGACAACGGUGCCCUCAUGCGUUGUUCUUUCGAAGAAACGGUGGAAAUCCUGCUGGAAGCCGCCGCUUUCGGAGAACUCGAUGACUGCCGCGGUGUGUCUGAAAACCUGAUCCUCGGCCAGAUGGCUCCCGCGGGCACUGGCGAGUUCGACAUCUACCUGGACCAGAACCUUCUCAACACAGUGGUGUCGAACAAUGCCCGUUUCGGCGUCAUGGGUGCGAUUGGUGCCAAGGAUGCAAUCAUCUCCGACGGUGCUGCCACUCAGUAUGACACUGGCUCCCCUAUGCAGGAGUCCGCCUACAUCGGAUCACCGGAUCCUGAUUCGAACUUCUCUCCGAUCCGGCAUGCCGGCGCGGAGACUCCAGGAAUGGACUACCAGCCUUCCGGUGGCGGUUUUGGUGGUGGCUUCAGCCCUGCGCCGACCAGUCCCGCAGGCUACUCGCCCAGCAGCCCCUUCCAUCCGACAUCUCCUGGGUAUUCCCCGACGUCGAGCUAUUCUCCCACGUCUCCCGGAAUGGGCAUCACCAGUCCUCGUUUCACGACGUCCCCAGGAUUCUCCCCCGCCAGUCCGUCCUUCGCGCCGACGUCUCCCGCCUACUCGCCUACGUCUCCGGCGUAUGGCCAAGCAUCCCCGACCUCGCCGUCGUACUCACCCACCUCCCCUGGCUUCUCGCCGACGUCGCCGAACUACAGUCCUACGUCUCCAAGCUUCAGCCCGGCGUCGCCGGCGUUCAGCCCAACGUCGCCGAGCUAUAGCCCGACAAGUCCUGCGAUCGGUGGUGCCGGCCGGCACCUCUCUCCCACCUCACCCACUUCCCCCAAGUACACGCCUACUUCUCCUGGAUGGUCUCCCACCAGUCCCCAGACGUACUCCCCGACGUCUCCCAACUUUGCCGGCUCGCCGACGUCCCCUGGUGGACCUACGUCUCCUGGUUACAGUCCGACGUCGCCGGCUUUCAGCCCUUCGUCUCCUCGCCAGUGAGAGUCGAACGUGCAUGGCUACGGUGCAGCUCCGGCUGUAUCGCUGUAUUAUCACUUCCUCGCUCGGACACCGUCUCCAGACGAAAAAGAAAAAAUGAAAAACAUUUUGCAUUAUACGUUGCGGAAAUGGUUGGUUAUUUGCUCCAACAUUCGGGCUUUCUAGCCUUCUUUUUCCAUCUUAUGUCCUUUUCUUAACUGUAUCUUUUUCUCCCGCCUCAGACCGAGAAGGCCAUACUAUUUUUUUUUAUUAUUGACACGUCCGCGAGAUUUCCUUACUGAAAUUGCGAACGAAUCCCCCGGUUCCUGAUGCUUGUUUUCUGCUGUUUUUGACCUUUCUUCGUUCAGGCGAUUGAAAUACCAAGCGUUUUCUUAGAGUUGGACGAUAGGCCCUCGGACAGUCCCCCCGGUUUAUCACGGCGAGCGCGACGUUUUUGAAGUGGCCUAUCGGUCCGGAUCACAUGGGGAAAGAUGGAUGGAUGGAGAGACAGACGUUGCUUUGAUUGUAUUAAUGCGGUUUCACUAUUUCUUUUUUUCUUUUCCUGUACACAGCUGUAGCGGCAAUGGAUAAUGGACAAAAAAAAAAAA